GAGCCAUCCUGAUGUACAUAAAUUCAGUGUGGAAACAGUCCAGUGGUAUCCUCAUGACACUGGCAUGUUUACAUCCAGCUCAUUUGAUAAAACCUUGAAAAUAUGGGAUACAAAUACUUUACAACCUGCAGAUGUAUUUCACUUUGAGGGAACAGUCUAUAGCCAUCACAUGUCUCCAGUUGCUACAAAGCAUUGUUUAAUAGCAGUUGGUACCAAAAGCCCCAAAGUACAGCUCUGUGACUUGAAGUCUGGAUCCUGUUCUCACAUUCUGCAGGGUCACAGGCAAGAAAUACUGGCAGUGUCUUGGUCCCCACGUCACGAAUAUGUUUUGGCAACGGCAAGUGCUGACAGUAGAGUAAAGUUAUGGGAUGUGAGGAGAGCAUCUGGAUGUCUGAUGACGCUUGAUCAGCACAAUGGAGAAAAGUCCAAAGCAUCUUCUGAGGCAGGUAAUACAGAUUAUAACUGGUG